GAGCUGGCGCGCGCCUUUGGCGAGCUGGGGGACAAUGCGUGGCAGCACCCCAUCCGGGCGACCAACAAGGCGCUCUGCUCGCGCAUCGGCAUCGCGGUGCAGCACUGCAAGGUGAACAAGUUCAAGUCGCCUCCGCCGGGCUACUGGAGCAACCUGCUGGACAAGCUCAACCUCAAGGCGCUCGGCACAAAUUACUACCCGCUGUGCGAGGUGCCCGGCGGCGGCUUGCAGCCCGGCUUGCAGCUGCUGCGGGAGUGCCCGACGUUGCUGCUCGGCUGCGAUGUCCACCACGCCGCGCCCGGCUCGAGCAGGCCCUCCUACGGCGCGCUGGUCGGCACGAUGGACAAAUUCUUCUCUUCCCACUACACCGAGGUGCGGGCAAUGACUGGCCGGCAGGAGUGCAUCCCGGUAGACGACAUGCAGAGCAUGGUGCGCGAGCAGCUGAAGGCCUUCUACCGGUACAACGGCAUACCUCCCCAGCGCAUCAUCUGCUAUCGCGACGGCGUGGCGCACAACCAGUUCGAGGAGGUGCACGAGGUCGAGAUACACGCGAUUGAGCGGGCGUGCCACGCGAUUGAGCAGGGGUACCAGCCUCAGAUCGUCUUCAUCGUGGAGCAGAAGGGCGGCGGCGCGCGCUUCUUUGCGAACGAGAAUGGGCGCGUGCCCGGCCAGCAGAUGGGCAACCAGCCUCCUCUCACGGUGGUCGACACUGUGGUGGUGGACGAGUCGACCUUCAGCUUCCACUUGACCCCUCACCACGGCAUGAAGGGGACGUCUCGCGGCAACCUGUACUCUGUGCUGCGCAACGACCCCAACCUCUCCUCCGACGACCUGCAGCGCUUCACGAGCCAGCUCUGCCACCUCUUCCAGCGCUGCAAGAAGAUCGUCUCCAAGGUUGCCCCAAACUACAACGCUCACCUCGCUGCGGAGAUGUGGGGGCUCAAGGAGGAGCGCGAAAGCUUCUCCGACACGGCCUCGGUCAGCAGCGACGCCGCCGCAUGCGAUGUGCACGAGCGCCUGAAAACGCGUCUCUUCUACACAUGA